GCAACCAAAGAACAAAGUCACAAUACUACCAUGCCUAACUGAGUUGAUUUUCCCCUCUUCUUUUCUUUUCUUUUUUCUUCUUUAUCAUGAGUUCUGCUUUUUAUUCAUUUAUCAAUUCAAUUACCAAUUCGAUUACUUCGAGGUACGAUAUAAAGAAUCAAAUAUCUACUGCAGGUCUAUGGAAGAUAUAUCAAGGCGAGCGAAAAACAACAGGCCAAAAAGUCGCAUUAUUCAUAUUUGAGAAAAAGACACUCGAUAUAUCGUUUAAAAGAGACCGCAAUGCAUCGAAACACGAUACAGAACAAGUGUAUGAACUAUUAAAGAAAGAAGCAGGUAAUCUGGCUCGAUUGAGACACCCUUCGAUUCUAGAAGUGGUUGAACCAGUGAGUGAGUCACGUAGCUCGAUCGUGUUUGUGACAGAGCCUCUGAUGGGAUCCUUGACACACUUGGUUAAAAACAGCGAAAAUUAUUCAUCCGAUGCUCAAAAGCCAAGCCUUGAUUUAGACGAACUUGAGAUUCAAAAGGGCUUAUUGCAAGUAGGCAAAGGACUUCAGUUUUUGAGUGAUGCUAAAGUGGUACACCAUAAUUUGACAACAGACGCUAUAUUUGUGAAUGCAAAGGGUGAUUGGAAGAUUGGCGGAUUAGGGCACAGUGUAUUUCUAAAUACGGGCAACUCAAAUGAAUUAAGCUACGAACAGAGCCAAGAUUAUUUACCAGAAGCAUGCCAAAUCAAUUUAGAUUAUGCAGCCCCUGAAUUUGUACUUGACAAUGAUUUAUGUCAAGCAAAUGACAUGUUUGCAUUGGGUUGUUUAGCUUAUGCUGUCCAUAAUAAGGGUGUGUCCUUACUCAAGACAUUUAAUAGUUUUCAUGCUUAUGAAAAUCAAAUCAAGGCACUUGCUUCUCAUCCUUUUCAACAUAUUCCUAUGGAUCUUCAAAGUGUCAUUCGAUCCUUAUUAACACGCCGUCCAAAUCAAAGAAUGGAUCCUACCAGUUUUCAAAAUUCAAGAUACUUUGACAACUUGUUGGUGUCCACGAUGAAGUUCUUAGAGAGCUUCCCUGAAAAGACUCGAGAAGAAAAAGCACAAUUCAUGAAGGGAUUAGCGCGUGUCUUGGGUCAAUUCCCAGAGCGUGUGUUAAAGAAAAAGAUUUUACCAUCUCUUUUAGAAGAAUUGAAAGACUAUCAACUGCUACCUUUUACGAUUCCCAAUGUGUUUAUCAUCACUCAGAAAUUAUCUCAAAACGAAUUUUGUGAUCUUGUCUUACCUUCAUUGAAGCCUGUCUUUAAUAUAAGAGAUCCACCACAAAACAUGAUUGUAUUGUUAGAAAAGCUAGAUGUAUUACAACAAAAGACACCUCGAGAAGUGUUUCGUGAUGAUGUGAUGCCUCUUGUUUAUGCUGCUUUGGAAGCACCCACUGCUGUUGUGCAAGAAAAAGCACUUCGUAUUAUACCAUCUUUAGCCGAAUCACUCGAUUACACAGCUGUCAAGAGUUCACUUUUUCCUCGAGUUCAAACAUUGUUCGUACAGACAACUAUUCUUUCUGUCAAAGUCAGUACAUUGAUUUGUUUUCAUGCCAUGAUCAAAGUUUUGGACAAAUUCACAGUGCAAGAAAAACUAGUGCCUGUCUUAAAGAAUAUCAAGACAAAAGAACCUGCUGUUAUGUUAGCUACAUUGGCUGUGUAUGAUGAAGUGGGCAAGAUUGCUGAUAAAGAGAUCAUUGCUACUGAAAUAUUGCCUCAAUUAUGGCGUAUGAGUUUCGGACCUUUAUUGAACUUGGAACAGUUUCAAAAGUUUAUGAAAACCAUACGUGAUUUAACAAACAGAGUAGAAGAAGCCCAUGUAAAGCAUUUGAGAGAAGUAAAAUCAUUAGAAGAACAAACACGCAGUGUUAGUGCUUCAGCAUCACCUCAAAUUGCUUCCAAUCCAUCUCCUAGAGUAGGUGAGACAGAAAUCUCUUUUGAGAGCCUUGUCAGUGGCGGAAAAGCUAUAGAAGAGCACAAGAAUGAUGAUGAUGUCUUUGGUUCUAUGGUUCAAAACAGCACACUUGCUACUAAUGUCAUAAAUUCGACGUCCGCUAUCACUCCACAACAAAAGCCAGCCACUUCCACAUGGACUUCUGCCCCAUUGAACUUGCAGCCUCGACAAGCAAACACAUGGAGUUCUUUAUCACCCAUCAAGUCUGACCAUACUAUGACACCUUCAGCGCCUAUGAACAAUACAUGGUCAAGACCUUCGACAAAUACCAGCAAUAACAGUAACAGUAACAAUAACAACAACAAUAAUAAUACAUGGUCGCAGAAACCUAUGAAUACUGCAUGGUCACAAACAACGAUUCAACCACUCGCAUUGCCUCCUUCUCAAAAUAACAUGGCCUCUUUAAAUGGAUCUUUUAACAAUAUAACAUUGAACAGCAACAGUUCACCUAAUUACAAUGCCCUUCAGUCCUUGUCAAAUACUAACACAACUCCUCAAUCCAUGAUGCCUCUUUCCUCUAGUAUGGGCCUAUUAAAACCUAUUUCUUCACCCACAACAACUGCAACAAAGCCCCAUCAUGCUCAGUUGAGCAAGGCUAAUUUACAUGCAUUUGAUCCAUUAGGAUAGUUGUCAUAAAAUAGAAAGAGAAAUGUACAUUAAUUAGUAUACACCUAAAAAAAGAAAACAUAAUGCUUUCCUGACAUAUUUAGCGUAUUUGUUUACAAAUGUUCAUUUCCGUUAUUGGCUUGUUGUAUAAACAUUGAAUUCAACAUUUGCUAUAGUAUACCUGAAUUAACCAUAUUACUUAAAAAAGAUGACCUAAAACAACUCUGUUUGUGGUGAACGAGUACAGCUUCUUUUUUCUUCUUAAAAAGCAAAGGCAAAAUCAAUCAUAAUAUCAAAUGACCUUGAAUGCAUGAAGGUCAUG